AUGUUCAUUGCUUUGCUUAUCAUAGCAUCGUUAUGCCCUCUUGCUAAUGGUGCUACAGAAACUAUAAACGUUUGCAAUGUUCCAAUGCCGCGAAUGGCACAAAUGCCUGUGCAAAGACCUUCAGUGCCUGUCGAGAAUUGCCAAGAUCGUGAUGCAUUGGCUUGCUAUGAAUUAUUCAAACCUGGAGACAACGACAAUGAUAUUGGGAUGGCAUUCAGUCAGAAACGUAUGGAGUGA